AUGGAGCGUUCUUCCUUUCAGUUUCUCUUUUCAAUUUUCCUCUUACUUUCUACCCUCCCUUCCUCUCUCUCCGAGAUCCGUUUCUCCGAGAUCCGAAACGACGACCGUCCCAUCGUCCCGUUCGAUCAAUUCGGAUUCACCCACAACGGCCGCCUCGAACUCAACGUCUCCAAAAUAUCUCUCUCCAAUUCCAAUCUCGAUCUCUCCAAGGUUGGGUUCUUCCUCUGCACUCUCGAUUCAUGGCUUCACGUUCUUCAACAGCUUGAAGACGGUGAAAUUCGGUGCGCGCUUCAAUCGGAUCUUGUUAAAUCCGUUUACGUUUUCAAUUCUCUUAACGGUAAAGAUUCAUUCAACACGCUUUACAAUGAAACCGAUGCGGAUCAGUAUAAUCUUGUUUUCGCCAAUUGUCAUCCUCAGCAGCUUAGAGUUACUAUGGAUGUUGAUUCGGCGAUGUAUAAUCUUGACGGAAAAAGUAACGUUCGUGAUUAUCUAUCUGCUGGGAGAACCAUUCUACCUAGGGUUUAUUUCAUAUUCUCAUUGCUGUAUUUUACCCUCGCCGCGGUUUGGAUUAGUGUUCUUUAUAAGAAAAGGUUAACGGCUUUUCGGAUUCAUUAUUUUAUGCUUGCUGUUAUCAUUUUGAAAGCUAUUAAUCUGUUGUGUGAGGCGGAAGAUAAAUCGUAUAUUAAGCGGACUGGAAGUGCUCAUGGUUGGGAUAUAUUGUUCUAUAUGUUCAGUUUUCUGAAAGGGAUUUCGCUUUUUACGCUUAUUGUAUUGAUUGGUACUGGUUGGUCUUUUCUGAAACCGUUCCUUCAGGAUAAGGAGAAGAAGGUUCUUAUGAUUGUGAUUCCGCUUCAGAUUGUUGCUAAUAUUGCUCAGGUUGUUAUUGAUGAGAGUGGGCCUUAUGGUCAUGAUUGGGUUACGUGGAAACAGAUUUUCCUCCUUGUUGAUGUUGUUUGUUGUUGCGCUGUGUUGUUUCCUAUUGUGUGGUCGAUUAAGAAUCUCCGUGAGGCGGCUAGGACUGAUGGCAAGGCGGCUGUUAAUUUGAUGAAGUUGACUCUGUUUAGGCAUUACUAUGUUGUUGUUAUCUUUUACAUUUACUUCACGAGGGUUGUGGUUUAUGCGUUGGAGACUAUUACUUCGUAUCGAUAUUCUUGGACUAGUGUGGUUGCUGCUGAGUUGGCUACACUUGCUUUCUAUAUGUUUACGGGUUAUAAGUUCAAGCCAGAGGCUCACAAUCCUUAUUUUGUAAUUGAUGAUGAAGAGGAAGAGGCUGCUGCUGAGGCGUUGAAGCUUGAAGAUGAAUUUGAAUUGUAA